GUUCGCGAGGAGCUACAAGAGCGCGCGCGACACUGCGAUGCUGGAGAUCUUCCUGAGGCGCUCCGGUCAGUGCUCAGAUCGACUGGGCUCCUGGCACCGUUUCUGCAGAAGCAGACCUUGGCCAUCCCCAUUUGCCCGAAGGCAAGGGUUCUGAAGAUGGCUGGGCUGUAUGACCUGCGCAUGACCAUCAAGGUCCUCGACCAGGAGAUCUUCGGACCUGCACGGUCUCUGGAGGAACAGGUUGACGAGAGCCAGGCUCGUGCGACUGUUGCUGAGAUUCAGGAGAAGGUGGAAAAGGAGCUGACACGCUGCGUUGAGGAGCCUGACCGGAUGUGA